GCUGUGUAAUUCAUCUGCAGAGCCGCGACACGCAGGCAUCUCACAGCACGGCUCCCCAAUAACACAGCCCUCAUGGGCGACGCCAUCUUGGAAUCCGGCAGACUGCGCCUUCCGGCGUCAUGUGACGUUGACUUCACGGGGAAUUGCGACAACACCGUUUUUGGCGCUUGGUUUUAGCAGAAUUUUUGGGAACCUUUAUGCUGAUAACAGUGGUUUUAGGAUCGUCUUGCUUAGGAAUCAGGACUUCCCAACCUAUGGCUCCACCAAUAGCUGCUGGUCUGUCAGUUGUUAGUCUGGUGCAGAGUUUUGGUGAAAUAAGUGGAGCCCAAUUAAACCCAGCUAUUACUUCUGCCUUGGUAUGUGCACGGAAAUUGGAUAUUCUUCAUGGUGUGGCCUUUGCCGUAGCUCAGUGUCUUGGUGGAAUAUGUGCCUCUGCCAUUUUCUAUAUAUCUCUUCCUGCAUCUUUGUACAAUCAGCUUGUUACCAGGGUUAGUAGUGAGGAAAAUGCAGGACAAGCCAUGGGGAUGGAAAUUAUUUCUACCUUUCAAUUGGCUUUUACAAUUUUUGCUGUGGAUGAUCGACGGCGAAGAGAUACUACAGAGCCGGGAAGCCUUGCCAUUGGUUUUUCUCUAACAGCAGGAGCUUUAGCAUCGGGACACUUUUCAGGUGGAAGCAUGAACCCAGCUAGAUCCCUUGGUCCAGCUUUGCUCUCAGGCAUUUGGGAGCACCACUGGGUGUACUGGAUUGGUCCCAUUUUGGGUGCUUUUCUUGCAGGUGCUUCUUAUGAAUUUUUCUUUGCAUCCAGUGCAUCAAGAGAAAAGCUGGUCGCCUGUCUCACUUGUAAAGAUAUAGAAAUAGUAGAGGCAGCCAGUGUCUCUCGCUCUUCCCUUUCCAUGGCCACACAGACAGCAACAAGGACAAGAACGACUGAGCAAAAACAUGGGCCAAAUUAACAAAGAAAGCGUAACAGUACCAGGAGCAUGCAGUCUACCCAGGGCUUUGGAAAAAGCUUGGUUUUGUUGUAUACAUGGUAUAAUGCAAAUGACCAAUUAAAAUAUAGCAAAGAUCCUGCUUACAUGAAAAGGUCUCUCUAGAAAUAAGGUGUCAAGAAAGCGUGUAAUGCAAGAGUGGAAGCACUUAUGUAUUCUAUUGGGGAGAUUUAUCAAAACCUGUGCAGAGGAAGAGUGG